AUGUCUACCUGGUGUUUCCUUCUCAGAGAUGAGUUGUGUCUGGGCCCCAGUCAGCCUGGAGGCUCUGACAAAUGUGGCCACAUCACUAACGGUAAUGCAGUCCGUGGAUCCACCCUCAUUGAACCGGAGCGUCUGAAGGACUUCGGUGAGGAGGAGCUGUUCAAUGGGGACGUGAAGAUCUAUAGCACCAAGGUGGUGGGGGGUCCUGCUGAGAUCGUGCUCAAGGACCCCCCUAAAACCAGACGUAUGAGCGAGUUCAGGAACAACCCCAGACCUCUUGUCCCGUUUCUCCGCUUUGAGGACAUCAGCGCCGCAGCCUUCAGGAUCCAGGCUGGGAUCCAGAAGACCCCCUGCACGUACUCCAGACUCUCCAAGCAGUAUGGGAUGGAGAUCUACCUGAAGAAGGAGCACCUGCACUACACAGGCUCUGUGAAGGAGAGAGGAGUCCGGUACAUGCUCAGCUCCCUCACACAGGCUCAGCAGAGGAAGGGCGUAAUCGUUGCCACUGACUGUAACUUCUCCAUGGCCGUGGCCCACCAUGCAGUAGAGCUGAACAUCCCGGUGUUUGUCAUCAUGCCGUCAUGCUGCUCCUCGCCUCGCCUUCGGAUCUACAGAGACUACGGAGCCAUGGUCAUCUCCUACGGCAGCACCGGCCACGACUCCCAGAACCACGCCCGUCAUCUGGCCUCAGAGAACGGAUACCUCUACCUGGAAGAAGAAGAAAAUGAAGCAUACCUGGCAGGACUGGGCACUGUUGGCAUGGAGAUCUACGAGCAAGUGUCUAAACUGGACGCAGUGGUUAUUCCGGCAGCUGGACAGUACGGGCUACUGGCUGCUACAGCUGCAGCCAUCAAACACCUCAACUCCAGAAUUCUUGUCAUAGGAAUUGAACCAGAAGGAUUCCCUCUGCUGCAACAAUCUCUGAAAAGUAACGGCCCAAUCAAAAACAUGAACAGCAACCCCAAUAAGAAACUCUAUGGAGAUCUAAUGGAGCAUUCCCUGGGAGAUAACACCUUCCAGCUGGCAAAGAAAUUUGUGGAUAAAGUCGUCUCUGUCAGUGAGGAGGACUCUCUGGUGGCGAUGCUGCGGUUUCAGGAGUUUGAACGCUCCACUGUGGACACAGAGGGAGCUAUGGGACUGGCAGCCAUCUUGGCUGGAAAACUACCAGAGCUGAAAGGCAAAAGGGUUGCUGUAGUGGUGACCAGUGCUAACAUGGAGCUGGAGCUGAUGAGGCAGUGUGUGGACCGGGCCCUGGUGCUGGAUGAUCGGAUCAGUAAGUUCUCCGUGCAGCUGGGGGAAUAUCCAGGAGACAUGGCUAAGCUGCUGGACGUCCUGUCCAGAGAGGAAGUCAGGUUGUUGGAUGUCUGCCAACGGAGACAAAGUGACAAGUCAGACCUCUUCAAGGCAAAGGUGGAGUGUGUGGUGGAAACCAGGGAUAAAACACAAAGCAUUCAGCUACGCAAGGUCCUGAGUGAGCGCUACCCCUCUAUAUGCUGGCUGGAUCGGUGA